AUGUUAACAUUAGAAUAAUAAGGUUCAAAAAUACAAUGUCCUAAAUAUGAACAUGAUAAAAAGCCUAUUAUAUAAAUUUGUAUGAAUCCUAAAUGCAAAGAAAAUUCACUAAUAUGUCUAAAAUGUAAAUCACAACAUGAUCAACAUCCUAAUUUUAUUUUUACACUUCUAUAAAUUUAAGACUUUUUACAAAGAAAUAUUCAAAUCAAUAAAUCAAUUAAUAAUCCAUUGACUCAAGAAAUAUUGGAUCAUUUUCUUAAAUACAAACAAGAAUUGAUGAACAGAUUAAAUGAUAUUGAAAAAUAAUUAUAAGAUUCUAUUGCUUUACUAAAUGAAAAUAAUUCAAUUAAGGAAAUAUACAAUUAAUGUAUUAAUCUAAAAACUUAAUUGAAUUAUGAAACAUUCAAAAAGAUUAUUGAUAAAUUACAUGAUAAUUGUACUUAUGAUUUAAAUCUAUAAAAACUUUAAAGUAAUGAAUUAUUAUAAAAGUAUGAUACUGCAAAACCAUAGAUGAUUAUGGCAAUUAAUACUCUAUAAAAAUUAGUAUAAUCAAUGUAAUAAACAUUUGAAAUUAAAAAAGAAACAACAAACAAUAAAUAAAGCCAAAAUAAAUUAAUUUAAAUUAUUAAACGAUAUGAAUAAGUUGCUAAAGAUAGUGAUGGUACCUUAACUAUAAAACCAUUAAAAAAUAAUAAAAUGUUUGUUUGCAAUUUUCUUGUUGAAUAAACUUGUGAACUAAUUGGUUUUUAUUAACCUUUCCUAUAUAAAAAUAAAGACAUAGAUUAUCAAUAAUAAUAAUUAAAAUGUUUCUAUAAAAUUCAUUUAGGAUAUGAUCUGACUAUAAGAGCGUAUGAAUUUCAAACUAUUAUCAGUCAUAAUGCAUUAGAAAAACCUAUUCCUUAUUGUUACUACAUUAAAUUACCUGAAUAAUUCAGAUUGAUUUCUGGUUAAGUAUUUACAAUCAGUUUAACAAUAUUAGAUAUACAAUCUUAUAGUGUUUCAUUUUAAAAAUUAACUGAUAAUAAUUAAUACUUGAAAUUCUAAUUUCCAAAAUUUAAUCAAUAUUUACUUCCAAAAGAAAUUAAAGAGAUUGAUGAUUAUGGGUAUUUUCCCUGUUUUUAAUUGAUUUGA